CUUCUCUGCUCUUCGUCUUCUUCCUUUCACUUUACUUAUCUUUAUUAUUUCUACUUUCUUGUUAAAUAUUUGAACAAACCCUUACAUUUUUCAGGAUCCUUAUUACUUCCGUUUUAUUUAUCUGUUGCGAUUCUUCUUUCUUACCUUUAAACAUGGUAAGCAUUGAAAAAGGAGAAUAAAGUUUUCCGGAGAGACUAUCAAGUUUAGUGAAAUAGUCCAUUCAAACAAAAGAAAGAGGAGAACCAUACAACUGCCCUUGGAUAAUGAUGGCUUUUACUUCCUAUACCUUUGGAUUUAUAGUUUUCUCUUUUACAAGAAAUAAUGUGGUGAUUAAUUUUAUGUAUUCCGGUCCUUGGCAUUUUGGGUUUAUGAUGCUCUUUAUGCCUUUUCUCCAUUUAAGUGUGGCAAGUUAUUUAGAUUAUCUUGGUCCUGUCGUGGAAAACCAUGUUCUUGGACCUGUUAGAAAAUUUGCAAUGGUUGUUUUCAGUAUAUGUGCAGUUAGUACUGUUGCAAAACUUGUUGAGGAUAACAAGUAUUGCUACGUCUUGAUCUUCUUUACUGUUGAACUACAAGCAUUUGUAUAUUUAUUGUUUGGUUCAAGGGACCAUGGCAACUGGGAUAUUGCAUUUGCGGGAAGCUUGCAGAUCGGUAUCAUCAAUCUGAUGAGAGGUGGCAUUGGCAAUUUGCUGGUUGCUAUUGUAUUCUCUAUUUUAGUUUGGAGGCUUGUUCACUACGGGUAUAAAUCCUAUUUCAUUGAAAAAUAUUUACAACAUAUCAAGGAAUCGAAUAGUGAUAUGAAAUUAGAAUCAAAUGGAGAGGUGAAGUUUGAAGUUAUUUUUUUGUCAAAGUCAGAUGGAGAAGUAAAACUUGAAUCCGAUAAGAAGAUAGUAUCAAAUGGUGACAUAAAAUUAGAAUCUGACGGAGAGUUGAAAGUCGAGUUUACUUUUUAUGAAGAUAUAAAACCCGAAUUCAAUAAGAAGGUGGAUAAUCUAAUAAUUUUUUGUUCUGAGUCCAAAUAUCAGAAAAGAGAAACUCUAGUUAUGUUUAUAUUCUCCCAACAAGAAUAG